UAGGAAGAUCAAAUAUACUUCUGAUCGAACAACGCGCAAACGUAUCAGAAUUGAAUAUAAUAUGACGUAACAGAAUAAAUAUUGGUGUGUGCGUGUAUAUAUAUAUAUAUAUAUAUACACGAGAUAUUCUAAUAAAAAUUUACUUCGAUUUAGAAAUUAUCGAAAACAUCAAACAUGAUUCGAAAAUUUCUUCCCAUUUUGUUUUCUCUUAUCUGCCUGACUUAUUGUGAAGAACAAGAUAAUGGCAAACUGAAACAAUGCCUGAAUUCGUUGCAACAUUGUCUCAAACAAAGAUUUUGUUAUUCAAGAUCACUGUCUAUCAAUGAAGUUUGUUGUAAAAAAGGAUUUGAAUCGGGCAAAUAUAACAAUAUAACUGAUGACAAAUGCCGUCAAGAAAGAGUAAAGCUAGAUAUCACCGAUUGUUUGAGUGAAAUUGACUUCGACUGUAAGUUUUUAAUAAUCAUGUAUUUAGCUCCGAAAAAGUCGUACUUCGAAUACAUUAAAUAUGAAACAAGAUUAUUCGCUGGCUUACCUGAAAUCGAAGAUGAUUGCGAAAAGUUUUCCAAACGAGUAGAAAGAGAAAUGUGGCAUCUUUGCUUGGAACGAAGAAACCAGGAUUUGGAAUGGGUCUGCGAUUUAUUCUUUGAUGUUUAUAAAGAAUCACCUUUUAUGAAUGAAAAUUGUCUUUCCUCGUUUAAAGAACUCUUUACGGAUAUUGUUGACUAUACAUAUGUAAAAUAA